CACCCCUUUGGGGCCUUUGCUUUGCGUCGCUCUCCCGCCCGCACCGCCGCACCCCACCCUCCAGCAAGCCGAGUAGAGCUUUUCUUUGGAAAAACACGUCAGACUCCUUGUUUUUUGCGCGAAAUGGCUGGAAAAAAACUUUAUCUGCGUUGCGUAUCGUGGUGAAGCCUCAUUAGAACUUCGGUAUUACGAGAAAGGUUAGGAUUGUCCUCCAAACUGUCAAACUGGAUGGGAGGCACAGUUCAUGAUGGUAGUAGGCACCCGAUUUGGUAAUAUGCUGACGCCUUGAACUUUCGGACUAGCAAGAAAAGAUUUGUCAAAAAUCAUGGGUUUGUUGAGAAUCCUAUCAUUUUUGCUCAUGAUCAUUUUCCUAGCAGAAGGAUUUCACACAGCAAAUGAACCGAAACAGGAGCAGCAUCUCUGUGCAUUCUAUGAAAAGAGCCCUGUCACCAACGGCGAAUCCAUUACUGAUAUCUCAAAGGAUGGGGGCAAAGAAGAAGUGGAGGGAUCCUCUGAUCAGCAGCACAUAAGGUGUCCAACAUCUUGUUACACAGCCAUUAUGGAUGAUCCAAUCACCAAUGAAACCAAAGUUAUUAAACAAGGUUGUUGGGAAAGCUCAGGCAAGCAAGACUGUGCUCGCACUGCCUGUGUGCCCUUGAGAAGACGCCGCCAUAAGAACCAGAAAAUGCGUUUCUGUUGCUGUAUUGGAGACCUAUGCAAUGCAAAUAUCACUGACACUUUCCUUGAAGAAGAAGAUGACAAUGAAGUUGAAGAACUGGAAGACUCCCCACUUAAAGCAGCCCAUGAGUCUGGAAGAGCUACCCUGGUGGUUGGAAUGAGUGUGUUGGUUACAGUCUGUGUUGGAUCAUUACUUCUUGUCGCACUCUACUGUUUCUGGCAAGGCUUUGGAAUGCGAAGGUCGCAGAAACCUGAGCCAGAUUCAGUACGUCUGAUGGAGAAUGGACAUGGGCCUGGACAAGGAUAUGGUCAAAUAUUAGGUUGCUACACUGGAGACAAAAUUAAAUUCUUGAACAUUUUAGGCCAGGGAAGGUAUGGCUGUGUGUGGCGAGCAACAGUCGGUGAACAUGAAGUGGCAGUGAAAGUCUUCCCCCCUCAUUAUCGGACUUACUUCUUGAAUGAGAGAGAUAUUUAUUGCUUACCAUUCAUGUCUGAGUGCCAGUCUCUCCUUAAGUACUAUGGAUGCGAUGAGAGGCCUAGUAUGGAUGGAAGCCCUGAGUAUUUAUUGGUUUUGUCACACUCUCCCAAUGGCUGCUUGCAAGACUACUUGCGUACAAAUACUGUUGACUGGCCAACAUUUUGCCGUAUGGCCCUUUCUAUUGCUAAAGGUCUCGCACAUCUUCACACUGACAUGCGCAAAGGAGACAAAGAAAAACCCUGUGUGAGCCACAGAGAUUUAAACACAAGGAACAUUUUGGUAAAUGCUGAUCUGUCAUGUUCCCUGUGUGAUCUUGGAUUUGCUAUGAAGAUUGUAGGAUCUAAGUAUUAUCAAAAUGGAGAAGAGCAGCAUGCUGAGACAAAGUCUAUUAAUGAUGUUGGGACUAUGAGAUACAUGGCUCCUGAAGUGUUGGAGGGAGCUGUAAAUUUGAGAGAUUGUGAAUCAUCUCUGAAGCAAAUUGAUGUUUAUGCUCUUGGUUUGGUCGUUUGGGAGUUAUCUUGUCGGUGUUCUGAUUUGUAUCAAACUGGAUCUGAAGUUCCACCAUAUCGUAUGCCAUUUGAAUCUGAAAUAGGUCAUCAUCCUACUUUCGAGCAAAUGCAAGUGCUGAUUGUUCGCCACAAAGCUAGGCCACUUUUCCCUGAAACAUGGAAAGAUUCAACUGCAAUUAAGUUGGUUCGUGAAACUAUGGAAGACUGCUGGGACCAGGAUGCUGAAGCCCGAUUAACUGCUCUGUGUGUUGAAGAACGGUUCUUAGAGCUGCCAGUUCUUUGGGAACGGCAGAAAUCUUGCUUGUUUACGUCUGGUUUGAGCCCUACCCUAAACCCAACUCAAGGACUAUCAUUUAAUGUCAACCGUAGCACUAUUAAUAAUUCUAUUACCAACAACACAAAUUUGUUCGACACCCAGCGGCUCAUUGUGGACUCAACUGAUGACACAGGAGGCUCAAUGAGAUCUUACUCAAGUCAGAAAGAUACUCAGGAAUCAACAGUGUCAGAAGGGACAGUUGAAACCCUGCUGACAUUGUCCCCAUCAGAUCCUCCUGAGUAUAUGCUGAAUAAAAGCUGGCCGAAAGGGCCUCUUCAACCUUACCAGGGGAGGAACCCUUGCAUGGAGCGUAAUCUCAUGCCUCCAGCUGCAUCUGAAGAGGAGUUAAGCAGGCAAGGAAAUGUAUUGGUGGAUCGUUCGUCAAAGCACACUCCGCAAGGACCUUGCCAUUCUACCAGCAGUUGUACAGAUACGCAAGCAUUGGUGUCUAAUGAUUUUCUAAAUCAAACCCAGCACCAACCUCAGUUGAAUACAAGCUCAGCCCUGCGACCCAUCACACCUAUUCCCUACGUGCAAAAUGUGGUAUGCAGUUCACAGCAAGCCAAUACAGAGGACUCUCCCCCCAAGCACACAAAGUUCUUACAGUGGACUGGUGGACUACGCAAGUUAUUUGAAUCAAAGAAGAAAGUUACAAACGGACUUAAAGAUGAAGCGUGGAAGGUUAGUGGCCCAGAAGGAACUGAUGGGCGACUCAGCCUCCCAUCUGGAAGAGAGACACAGGUGUUGCUUAACAAACCCAGAGGGGUGAUCACAACAGUCCUUGAUGCAGAUGGGGACAAGAGUGAGUCAUCACAGAAUACGACAGCUGUAACAUUAAGCCCUGCUCUGAGACCAACAACAUUAUCACUUCCUCGCAUGAGGCCAAAAACCCCAUCAGGAAAUGCCAGCAAAAAGCGUCUUAGUGUUGAAUUUCAGGAUUUAUUUGCUAGUUCUUCAGCUGAUUGGAAACUUAAAGACCCAACCUUAAGAGUCAAAACUCCUGGGGAUGUUCCUGCAUCGGUACGGAGAAAUCGAGGAAGAGGAUUUGCUGCAAGGUUUUCUUUGUAUGAUGACCGCAUCAUGAGUGGAAAUGCUCCCUCUUUGCCAGGUUCAAUUCAAAAUUUGGACUUUACUGAAUUAGAGAAAGAUGGUGUUCUUGAAGUAUGUAUACCUACAAUGUUCUCAUCAGUGCCAUAUCAAAUAAAUACUGUAGCUGACAAUGGCGAUGUGAAUGAUUCUACUUUUUAAAUUUGCUGAACUAAAUGUGCUUGAACCCAGAACAUUUGCUUGGCCUUGAUAACCUUGUGGUACCCUUUUUUUUCUUUAGUGCAAUAUAGUUGCAUAGACACUGCCCCUUCAUAAUGGAUGUAACUUAUAGAUAAGUGCAAUGUUGUUCAAAACAUUUAUUUCCACUGUCAUAUAUGGUAUGUAGGUUAAGUAGCUUAAUUGAAAUAAGUGCAAUACCCAUUAGUGCAUCACAGUAAAAUUAUUUGUAAAUGUUCAUUCAUAUAUGUAUGAAUACAAUGUAAUGUAAAAUACGUACUGAUUCUCAUUUAUUGUUUUAAAAUUUCUUUUAAAGAUUGUUGACUGAAAAAUUUUACUCAUGCGGAUUUUUUGUGUUUUUAUUUUUCUGCAAAAUUUUUUCGACAUUCAUUUGCCAAUAGACAGUAGCUGCGGGGGAGUCUGUGAAACUUGGUCAAGAAAUACUGAAGUGUGAAAUUAACUAUGUAUUUCUCAAUUUUGAUAUCAGUAUUUUUGUCUCACCCUUGGCAUUUUAUGUAAUUGUUAUGGGAAGUGUUGUUAUGGCUGCAUCAUCUAAGUUUAUGCUGAGCUACAUUCAUAGAUUUCUACAAAGCAAGUUAAUUUUGGGACAAUUCAAAUUGUACUGGACUUUUCUUUAUGUGAUGAAGGAAGACAGAUCCUCAUUUUGGAUUUACACAUUCCAUGACUUGCUUGAAUAAAAUCUAAAGUGUACUCAUGUAACACUUAAAGAACUUUAUUUUAUGUGCAUCUUGUCAUUACUUUACUUUCUAGCAUCUCAAAAGUGCUACUCGGAUUCGUCGCGUGUAUCCAUCUUGACAUCUGUGAUUGGAGAGGCCUUUGUUCAUUCAUUUAAAAAAAAUCUUUCUUUUAAAAAGAAUUUUUCUUUGAUAUUUGUGUGAUAUUUAUGACUACGGCAGGUAAGACUUGAGAAAUAUGUAAAAAUGAAGCAAGUUUAAGACGGUUUUAACUCUACUGUUACAUCCUUGCCAUUGAGAGUCUUUAGUUUAAUUAUUGUUAUCUUUUACAUCAGCGUGAUGAAGCUUUUUGUCAGUCACAGCUUUACUAAUGUGUGGUUCCUUUUGUUGUAGCUUAUAAAUUCGUUUGUAGUAGGAA